ACGCGGCAGCUAGCACCGACUGGUCACGUGGUGGUGGGGGCGCGGCUUGCGGCGGCGCUGCUGCUGGGUGAUUAGUACAGUAACAGUACCGGUGCUGUGUAUACUGUCACUGCGCUGUACUGUGUGACCGCGGCAGCCGCCUCCCCAGCUCCGUCAUGUCCUCCGGCUGUAAGAUCGGUCCGUCCAUCCUGAACAGCGACCUGUCCCGGCUGGCGGCGGAGUGUGACCGCAUGCUGCAGUGCGGGGCCGACUACCUGCACCUGGACGUCAUGGACGGACACUUUGUCCCCAAUAUCACAUUUGGACAUCCGGUGGUGGAAUGCCUGCGGAAGCAACUGGGGAACGACCCGUUUUUUGACAUGCACAUGAUGGUGGCAAAACCAGAGCAGUGGGUGAAACCUAUGGCAACUGCUGGUGCCAACCAGUACACAUUCCAUUUGGAAGCCACGGAAAAUCCCGGAGCCUUGAUUAAAGAUAUACGGGAGAGUGGCAUGAAGGUGGGACUGGGUAUUAAACCAAACACUACAGUGGAAUUUCUGGCACCGUGGGCAAAUCAAAUUGAUAUGGCGCUGGUGAUGACCGUGGAGCCUGGUUUCGGUGGACAGAAGUUCAUGGAGGACAUGAUGUCAAAGGUGCAGUGGCUAAGAUCACAGUUUCCAUCACUGGACAUUGAGGUGGACGGGGGUGUGGGGCUGGACAAUAUCCACCGAUGCGCAGAGGCUGGCGCUAACAUGAUUGUCUCUGGAAGCGCCAUUAUGAAGAGUGAUGACCCGCGCUCAGUGAUCAAUCUGCUCCGGAACACCUGCUGUGAAGCUGCGCAGAAACGCUCGCUGGAUCGGUGAAGACUGAUGAAGUCAUUCUGGUACUGUGAUCAGACUACUGAGGGACCCGUUCCUAGUACAGAGAGCAGGCCUGGGACAGAGGCUAGGCUGGAACAAUACGGACCACCUGCAGCCAUGCAUUACUCUUCCAGUGGAGAAUAACUGUAUGACAGAAGAGGCUUCAAUUCUUUUCUUUUUAUACAUGUCAAGGUUGUGUUUCUGUUACUCAGUAUGGAAUUUAUUGUUUUUUUUUGGUCUAUAAAAAGAAUGUGCUGCUUCCUUUUACAUAACUCAGGGGCAGAUUUAUUAAGCUCGGUGAAGUGAUAAAGUGGAAGGUGAUAAAGGACCAGCCAAUCAGAUCCUAACUGCCAUGUCACAGGCUGGGUUUGAAAAAUGACAGUUAGGAGCUGAUUGGCUGGUGCCUUACUACAUUCCACUUUAUCACUUCACCGAGCUUAAUAAAUCUGCCCCUCAGAGUGGAACUUCAUCUGUUUAAACCAAUUUGAACUGUGUGUCCCCGCGUUAAGCAGGCAGAUCCCAAAAUACAGUUUUCAGCAUUAAUGAAAAUGGAAAGUCGUGUCGCUGAAAGUGAAAUAUUCGGAUGUAAUAAACAAGCUCUGUUGUAAUGUUCAUACGGCAGAUACCCUAAACCAGAA